AUGGUUCUGAAGCGCUUUGAAAAUCUCAGUCGGGACAGCGACGCAAGAUGGCAGCGACCAUGGGCUCGGACAAUUUAUGAAAACCGAAUAUACAGCCUUAAAAUAGAAUGUGGACCUAAAUACCCAGAAGCACCCCCCUUUGUAAGAUUUGUAACAAAAAUUAAUACGAAUGGAGUUAAUAGUUCCAAUGGAGUGGUGGACCCAAGAGCCAUAUCAGUGCUAGCAAAGUGGCAGAAUUCAUAUAGCAUCAAAGUUGUUCUGCAAGAGCUGCGGCGCUUAAUGAUGUCUAAAGAGAAUAUGAAACUCCCCCAGCCUCCGGAAGGACAGUGUUACAGCAAUUAAUCAAAAGCAAUGCCACCAGCCCUCCCCCC